AUGGCUGAGGCCCACGAAGCCGUUGCAUUUUCAUUUACAGUCGGUCAAGAAGGAUUUUAUGUUGAUGUCAGUUAUGAUGUAUUUAAAGCUCUAUUCUAUGCCGCUUAUCGUUCAUGGAAACUUCGUUGUUGUCGUACAUUAAAUUCAUUAUACAAUUCAUUAUAUCCUGGUCAUCCACUUCGUGGUAUUGCUUGUUGUGGAAUUGUAGCUGGUCUUUAUUUUAAAGGUCAUGAUCCAUCAUAUCAAACAAUAGAUUGGCUCGAAUCGAAUUUAUUCCGACAUUAUCUAGAACCUCGUAAUGGAAAAGUUCUUGCUUGUCUUGUAGUUGGUAGUGGUGUAUAUAUUGUUUUGAUACAAUUACGACAAUAUACAUUAAAAAAGUUAUUUUCGUACCACGGUUGGAUGUACCAAGAGCAUGGAAAAGAUGCUGGACUAAUGCCAAAAAUUUGGUCUGGUUUAGUCCAAUUAUGUGUUGGUCGUAAUCCAUCAUUAUUUUCAUGUCAAAAUUUUCUACCAUCAUUACCAGUGCCAAGUUUAGAUGAAACAUUACAAAGAUAUUUACGAUCUGUUCGACCAUUAUAUGAUGACGCUGAAUACCAACGUAUGGAAAAAUUAGCUGAAGAAUUUAAACAAACAAUUGGAAGAAAACUGCAAAGAUAUUUAUGGCUUAAAUGGUUUAUUUCAACGAAUUAUGUAUCUGAUUGGUGGGAAAAAUUUAUUUAUUUACGUGGUCGCUCGGCAAUUAUGGUUAAUAGUAAUUUUUAUGGCCUUGAUGCUAUUUAUAUUCGUCCGACCACCAUACAAACAGCACGUGCAGCUAAUCUAACUUGUGCAGCUUUUCGAUAUCGUACAGAACUUGACAAUGAAAAUAUCAAACCUUUGAUGGUACAAAAACUUGUGCCACUAUGUUCAAGUCAAUAUGAGCGACAAUUUAAUACAAUACGUAUACCCGGCAAAGAAGCAGACAGAAUUGUUCAUUAUGCCGAUAGUCGUCAUAUUGCUGUUUAUCAUAAAGGUCGUUGGUAUAAAGUAUUUAUGUUUUACAAAGAUCAUUUACUUGAACCAUGUGAACUUCAACUUCAAUUAGAUGAAAUUAUUCGUGAUUCAACUCCACCAGCUUAUGGUGAAGAGCAUUUAGCUGCAUUAACAGCUGGCGAACGAACAUUGUGGGCUGAAGCUCGCGAAACAUAUUUUCGUUCGGGUGUUAAUCGUUUUGCAUUGGAAGCAAUUGAAAAAGCUGCAUUUGUUCUUGUUUUGGAUGAGGAAGAAUUCGAAGUUGGAACAUCGGACAAUAAUUCUCCGUGGUCUUCUGAUAACGAGAGGAAUAUGAGUGGAAAAUUGGAUAAUUAUGCACAUGCUAUUCUUCAUGGUAAAGCAUACAAUAGAUGGUUUGAUAAAUCAUUUACUUUUGUCGUUAGCAAAAAUGCUGUGUUUGGCUUUAAUGUUGAACAUAGCUGGGCUGAUGCUCCAAUAUCGGGUCAUAUGGUCGAAUAUGUUUUGUCUGACGAUAUUAUGCAUUUUGGUUAUGAUGAACUUGGAAACACAUGUGGUACACCGCGAUUUACUGCACUCAAACCUAUUAAGCUCAAAUGGAAUAUUUCAGAAAAUUGUAACGCUAUGAUUGAGAAAAGCCUUGCUCAAGCAACCAAACUAUAUAAUGAUGUUGAUCUUCACGUUUAUGUUCAAGAUGUAUAUGGCAAAGGUUUGAUGAAAAAAUUUAAAUUGUCGCCAGAUGCUUAUAUACAAAUGGCAUUGCAAUUAGCUCAUUAUCGAGACUCGGGCCAUUUCAAUUUAACUUAUGAAGCAUCGAUGACACGUCUAUUCCGUGAUGGUCGUACUGAAACUGUUCGUUCAUGCUCAAUUGAAUCAAGUGCUUGGGUUCUAGCUAUGGAAGAUCGAACCGUUUCAAGAGAAGAACGUGCUCGAUUACUUCGUGCAGCUUGUGAUUAUCAUCAACAUCAAUAUCGUGAUGCAAUGUCUGGCAAAGGCAUUGAUCGACAUUUAUUUUGUUUAUACGUGCUAUCGAAAUUUCUGAAUCUUGAUUCACCAUUUCUUCAUCAAGUUCUUCAAGAACCUUGGAAAUUAUCGACUAGUCAGACGCCGACCAUUUAUGAUGAUAAACGUUUGUCACGAUUCAUCGCUGAAAAACCACAAUUGGCAGAAAAAGUUGGAUUAUCUCGAUUGAAAUGUAUUUCAUCGGCUGGCGGCGGUUUUGGACCAGUAGCUGCGGAUGGCUAUGGUGUAAGUUAUAUAAUUGCUUCGGAAGAUCUUAUAUUCUUUCAUAUUUCAUCGAACAAAUCAUCGCCUGAAACGGAUUCAACUCGAUUUGGUCAACACAUUAAACAAGCAAUGCAAGAUAUGCGAGAAUUACUCGAAGAACAAACUAGUAGUGCUGACUCAAGCAAGGGCGAAAAGAAAUCGUUAAUCGAUUCAUCAUCAGCUGACGCAUCAUCAUAA